GGGGUGGUGGCGCUUGCGACGGCUCAGUAGACUGCUACGAAGCGGCCAUUUUCUCUCUUCUCUCUGUGCGGCAGUCGCGGGUACCGAAAAGACACGAGACAUCGCCGGGAUCACGCGCGUGUCACCUUUAUAAGUAAAGUUCGUUCACAAGGAGGAAAAGUUGAAGUAACCAUGUUCGCCUGCACCAGAUUUAUUGCCCCCGUCGCCAGGUCUACCCUGAUCUCUGGUUCAAAAACCUACAUCAGGCCAAUCAGCAGCGCAGUACUAAACCAGAGUCAGUCGCUGCAAAACCAAAAUCAAACACCAGUCAGCUUGUCGCCAGCUAUUCGCAGCUUCCAGACGUCGACGAUUAGCCGUGACAUCGACUCUGCUGCCAAAUUCAUUGGUGCUGGUGCUGCCACUGUUGGAGUUGCUGGAUCUGGUGCUGGUAUCGGAUCCGUAUUUGGGUCCCUCAUCAUUGGUUAUGCCAGGAAUCCCUCUCUUAAACAACAGCUGUUCUCAUAUGCCAUCCUGGGUUUUGCCCUGUCAGAGGCCAUGGGUCUUUUCUGUCUUAUGAUGGCUUUCCUGCUCCUCUUCGCCUUCUAAGCCACAAAUCCUCCAUAAAAAAAUACCGAUAGUUCUAGUGCGUCACUGCUGAGACAGCAACCUCCAAGCUUGCAAGGAGGUGGCUGUUUCCGAUAUGCGGUUCAGUCCAUGAUAUCAUUUUGAGAACUAGAGAUUUGCUGCAACGGAGAGAGCAACGGUACGACAAUUGAAAGACCAACGAACACGGGGCUGUACACGAAAAUAAACAACAAUUAACCAUCAAUCAAUUAAGUCUUCAUAAAACCGUUCCUAACACACAAGUCUCCUACACAGCCACUAACUUGUUCUCAAUAAUCUCAUGGUCUCCCGUUCGGUGUAGCGUAUCUCACAUUGUUAUAAAAUAAAUUUCAAUUAAUGAUUGAA